UACGGGAGGCUUCCGGUGUUUUCCGUAGCGGGCUUCGCUUCCCACCCCGACAGGUCGUAGCUGUUGGAGACUGGAAGGGUGGAGGUUGGGGGCUGCAGCGGGCAGGAGACGCCGUCAUGCCCCGGUAUUACGAAGAUAAGCCCGAGGGUGGCCCAUGCUCGGGCGUGAAGGAGGACCUGGGCGUCUGUCUGCUGCAGUCGGACUGUGUGCUCCAGAGUGAGGAGCUUGGCUUUUCUCCUGACUUUCAGCAUCAGAAGACCACAGAAGUGAACGUCCACAGGAAGAAAGUACAUAAGGAAGGAAAAUCCCCUCGGCAGUGUUUGAAGGAAGGAUACUGCAAAGCUUUGCAAUAUUCAUUUUUUGAAUGUAAAAGAUCGAUGUUGGAUACCAGAUCAAGAUUCAGAGGAAGAAAAGGUUAUUGAUAACAUUAUUGAAACCAAGGUGAAGACAACAAAGGAUUUUUCUCUGGACAUUAAAACAGCAGAGCCAAAUAGGAAACAUCAUUUUUGCUACAUCUUUUUGGACCAUUUUCCCCCCUCCAUGGAACACUAGAGAAAAUGGAUGAGUUCUAUUUUUGAAUAGGUAUAAACUAAAUGAUUCUUUAGAUGUGAGUUACUUUUAGAGCAAAAAUUUAGUGGAACAGUUAUGGGCUGAGAGCGUAAUAAAUGUUUUUUGAAAAUUGUUCUAAAGCACAAAGAAUGGAUAGAUUGUUAUUUUCAAACUUGACUCCUCAAUCAAAUUACACAGUUUUCACAUUCGGAAGGCCACUGACACAAUCCAUAACGUGGAGGCUGUCUAGAAGAUGUCUGUUUGGAAAGUUCAGGAUAAAACUUACUUUCAGUCUGUUCUAUUUAGUUCUAAAAUGAACUGUGUUUGAUUCCUUAGAGAAGAAAUACUUCAUUUGCACUGAUUCACUGAAGUUAGCAUCUCAAAAGUUUAAUAUCAUCCAGUAUAGGUGGAUGCCAAGCCUCAGAUGUUUCCCGGGAGCUUUAUCAGCAUGUGUUUUCCUGUUUCCUGAUUUCAUUUGCACACUGGCUCUGUCCACAUAAUGGACCACUGUCAGCCACAGGCAACAUCCUUAGAAAUUUCUGAUCCAAAAAGAGAGAACUUUCUUUUUCAGGGUCCACAAAUCAAAUUCUACAAAGGGACUCUGGCCUUGCCUGAAUCAGCUGCCUUUGCACUGGACCAGUCCCUGUGGAAAAGAGAUGGGGAUUGUGAUCUUGGCCAGGCCUGGGUUAGAUCAGAUGCAUUAUCAAUGAUAACUCCCAUCAGAAUCACAUUGGAUUAGUGGAGGGCCUUAUGCUAAAUGGAAAGAGACGUGGAACAAAAUGAAACAGGCGUUCACUAGAGAAAGCAAGAGUGAAAAACAAGUGGUUGAAAAAGCUUAGCAUUACAAUGAUUUUACUCUGGUAUUUAAUAUAGUAGAAAGCAAAUAGGAAUCCAAGUUUUCUAUUUAUUUUGUUAUUGAAGAAUAAUGAACCAGAGCUGGUUUAUACUUCCAUAGUUCAUUGGAUUUAAAGGAGUUGAGACGUUAUAUAGCUCACUUGCAUUUUUAAAGGUUCUAAAAGGCUGUAAGAGUUACACACCAGCAAGGGUCAUUGUUGUAGAAUAUCCCUGAGGUCUGUUAUGUGUACUGCUAUUCACCAGGAAAGGGAAAUUGAUGGAUUUUUUCCAAUAACUGUUAUACAUCUCUUUAAGUGCUCCAACUUUUAUUAAAAGUGACUUUGGUAAGAAACACUCUAAAAUGUCUUUUAAUU